AUGGAACCGUCGGCGACGGACUUGAACGUGCCGAUCGAUUCGUCGGCUCUUCACCACAUGGCGCAUUCGAGUCAAACGGAGAUCAAAGUCGAGAACGUGACUCACUCGUGGACGGUGAAGAACUUCUCGCACUGUUACCAGGAAUAUCUCGAGAAUUUCGUGCACUUGAAUCGAGGUGACGAGCAGUUGACGUGGAGCAUCAAGAUUUACCCGAAAGGAAACGGAGAAAACAACAAGGAUUUCGUCUUUUUGUGUCUCAAUCGAGUGAUCCCCACUGGAAUCUCGAAAAGCCCGAAGAUUGGCUUCAAAUCACGCUUCAUGCUUCGAUCUGCGGAAAAUAAAGAGAUCGAAAUGAGAAUUCACCCGAACCCAUCACAUUCCGACUAUGUUUCAUAUAUAAAGCGAGACGUUCUCUUCCCUCAAAUUCUUCCCCGAGAUCUCAUCAUCGUGCAAGUCGAGAUUGAUGUCGCUGUGGAGACGAUCACGACAACAACGGAGCAAUUAGUGGCGGUAAACUGUGAGCAACAACUCGUUGACGAUUACAUGCGGAUCUUUAGGGACGACGUGUUGACCGAUUUCUCGAUUAGGGUUGGCGGACGCGAGGUGCGCGCUCAUCGGGCAAUUUUGGCAGCUCGAUCACCCGUUUUUAGCGCAAUGUUGAUGCACACCGAUACGAAUGAGUCGAAAAAUUCAGAGAUGACGAUUCCGGAUUUGGACUACGAGGUUGUCGUCGAGAUGCUCAAUUAUAUUUAUGGUGGACGCUGUGGAAAAGAUAUCAAUCAUAUUGCCUCGGAUCUGUUGAUCGCUGCGGAUAAAUAUCGUUUGGAAGAGCUAAAAGCUCAUUGUGAAAAGACGUUGAUGGAGCAGUUGUCGAUUGAGAACGUUUGUGAGAUGUUGAUUCUUGGUGAUAUGUAUGGAGCACCGAGAUUGAGGAAACGAGCUGUUCAAUUCAUCCUGCAACGACCCAAACACAUCACGAAUACGCAAGGCUGGGACGCUAUCCUCAAGGAUCAUCCGCAACUUGUCACCGACAUUGUGAAUCAAUUCGAUAAGGGUACCUCGACAUCGUCGGUGGACAUUGCUUCUUCAUCA